AUGGACUCCAAGGCCCAACAGGACACUGAAGAGGUGGAAGAAGAGGCCCACUCCUCUCUGGCCGACUAUCAGCCUUGUGGCCACCUGGGACCUCCAGCUGGCACCUCAACUCCCAGGGACAAGCAGUAUAUCAAGCCCUGGUCCUCACAGGUCUCCUUCCCCACCAACCUGCAGACAGACCCUGUGUCCAUGGACCCCCGGACCCUGCGGCUGCUGUGGGAACAGCGGGAACUGGAGAUCCAGGCCCUGCGGUGGGUUCUUCGAGGAGGCCGGGAUGCUCACUACCACCAGAUCCUGGAGGAAGUGGUUGGCAUCCCCCCAGAAAGGGGCUCCCGAAACCAGGAAAGGGUGCUGCAGAACCGGGUGCAGAAGCUGACCUUGGAGCUGAAAGAGCAGAAGCAGCAAGCCCAGCUGGAGAAGGAGCAGCUGCAGCAGCAGCUGGUACAGACCCUCCAGACACUGCAGAAGCUAGAGGAGGAACUGCAGGCUUUCCAGAAGUCCUGCCUCCUGCAGCUGGCCGGCUCCUCCUGGGUGGGCCGCAUCCUGCGCUCUCAGACUGGCAGUGUGGAGGUGGUGACAGCAGAGGCUGUGAUGGACACACUGGACACCUCAGAGAAUGAGAACGAGAGGGCCCCCCCGCCCAAGGAGGGCUUCCAGCUGAAGGAUGUGGACUGGAACAGUAUCGCCCAGCGCUACCCCAACCUGCAGCCCCGGCCGGCCCCACACCCGCCUGCAGCCACGUGGAGCUCCCAGUCCUACCACCGGAAGCCCUUGGAGGGCCACACCAAGAGCGUCGAGUGGAGCUUCCCGCCCUCAGCCUCCAGCAGCUCGCCCACCUCCUACACCUGCUCAGACACCUGUAGCUCCCAGCUAUCCAUGCCCUCCAUGGUGCAGAAGGUGACCGGGCACCCUCCCGGGGAGUGCAGCUCCUUCCAUGCUCAGCACAUCAGGGCCAAGGAGAAUCGUUUCCGCAAGGACCAGCCUGGGCGGCAGCCAGCAGAUCUUCAGAAAACCCUAGGGCACAAGCCCCACCAGGCCGACUUGAGGCCCGAGGCCAGUCCAGACACCAGCCACCCUCCCCCAGGGCUCGUGAGGGACACAGCCCCGCUCCCCGCACCCGCGUCCCACAGGCUGGCAGGGUCCGGCCUGAAGAUCGUGGCCGUUAGCAGCCGCGACAAGUUUAUCCGCAUCCUCAACCAGUCACUGGACGAGACCGUCGACCUGGGUGGCUUCGUGCUACAGCAGCUGGUGCGCAGCUUCCCCAAGGGCCGGUACCGCUUCCCGGCGGGCACAGUGCUGGAGCCUGGGCACCACGUCACGGUGUGGGGUGUGGGGGCCAGCAGUAAGAAGCACCAGCAGGCAUCCGUGGGCGGGGAGUUGGGCCGCAUCCACUCCGGCCACGGCUGCGUGACCCUUCUCCUCAACUCCAAGGGCCAGGUGCUGAGCGAGUUCCACACCCCACCCUCCGUGGCCCCUGUAUCCCCCUCCCGGGUGUUCUCCGACAACAUCGAUUUGUCCAUUGACCGCUUCCCGCUCGCAGAGGCCCCGCUGGACACGCACAGCCACGAGCAGCCCCAGCAGCCUCCGAGCCAGCCUGGGUCCCUGCGCAGGGGCCAGGCGAGGGGCCCCCAGGGAAAGCUCAGGAAGCCCAGGAGGGAUGUCUUGCCACUUCUGAGCCCCAAAAAGCGGGAGGCGUCUGGGUGGUCUGAGUGUACCAAGGCUGUGAAGCCCCUGCCCAGCUUACGGGAGGUCAGGCCCAGCCUUCAGGACAGAACCUCCAGGAAGGAGCACAGGGUCCAGGUGUGCCGGAAGGGCGUGGACUGCAGGUGCCCGAUGGUGGCCUUGUCCGUGCAACGCACAGCCGAGAGCAGGUAUGGCUUUCGCUUCCUGAGCUGUCUGCCCUUCACCGUGGACACCUGCGGGCGCCUGUGA